CUUAAUCAUACAUAAAAACGUGCUCCGGGAGGUUAGCAGGUUGAAGAAAAGAUAAUUGUCCGAAGGAAGGAAAGAAGUGCUCAUAAGAGCACUUUAUCGAGUAUCCCUACUUGUUGCAUGUCCUUGUUGAAUGAUCCAACCUCUGUUGUAGGAAAGUUGGAAAGGCUGCAAAGAAAUUUUCUUUGGGACGCAACAGAUGGGGCAAAGAACUUUCACUUAGUUCGAUGAGAGACCGUGACAUCUCCUAAAUGGUGGGGGAGGAUUUGGGUUAAAGACAUGAAGGUCUUUAACAAAGCAUUUUUGGGUAAAUGGUUAUGGAGAUUUGGAGUGGAGGGAGAACCAUUAUGGAGAGGGGCGAUAUCGGACAAAUAUGGAGUUUUUGAAGGGGGAUGUGGUGUGGAGAAAUAUCAUGAAGGGGUGGAAAGCCUUUAGUGACAACAUAGCAACUCACAAUAUACUUAUUGGUAAAAUAUUUCUGCAGAUGGUUCAUUCAUAUUAAUUUACAAACAGUUGAAGCUUUUGGUAUUCCAUUCUAGCAAAGAAUAAUUUGUCUUGUGGUUUCAAUUAGCUUUCAAUCCAUGGACAACAGAACAACUAUUAAAUAUUAACUUUGAGAUGAUGGAAAUAUCUAUGAAGAAAAAUUGAAGGUUUAUUGGUUACACUCCUCGGCGUUGUUACCCAAAUACUCAUCCUGAACAAUCUCUUCCGGUUCAAAAAUAUGACAUCUUUGCCUAUUCUUGUUCAGGGUCUUCUAGAACCGUAAAACAAUCUCGUCUAGAGAGUCAAUGCUUCCUAGUAGAAGUUUUUUCGUUUCUAGGUAUUGACUAGAAGUCUCUAAGGUAGGACAGAUUCAAUGAAUUCCACCAGACUGUUGCUGAGACCACUAAUAAUAAUAUAACAAAAUGGUACCAUAUCUAACUUAUCAUCUAAGUAUGGACCCUGUCAGAUUCUCACAUCCUUAUCAAUCUUAACUUGCUGACAUUGGCAAUUGUGCUUAGCAACUCAUGUGGGAGCUAUAUUGCUCGGACUAUUCAAAAAUGUCGACAUGUGCGUGUCGGAUUUGUCAAAAGUUCCGACACGGGUGCGGCGUGAAGAGUCCGCCCAACUAAGUGUGGGAGGCCAAGAUAGUGAUCUUUUGUAAAUGCCUAACUCAAAUGCCUUCCCUUUUCUGGUCUUCUUUACUCAAUUAUCUUUAUAAAGUGUGAAGUUGAAAGAACUAAUCCUCAACUUAAACAAGUCCCUUCUGCUCAUUUCCAAGAAAUGUAUGUCCUUGAAUAUUUUCUUUCUCUUUUGGUUAUCAUCAUGUGUUUUACUUAUUCUACAUGGUGGUACCUUAGUAAUAGAUGGUGGAAAUCAAGCUCAGUGCCAACAAAUUGGCCACUAGUUGGAAUGUUGCCUGGGCUUAUUCGAAAUGCUCAUCGUGUCCAUGAAUUUGUAACUGAUGCUCUUAUAGAAACUAAGGGAACUUUUGAGUUUCAUGGUCCUGUUCUUGCCAACUUGAACAUGUUACUUACUAGUGAUCCUGCAAAUAUCCAUCAUAUCCUCAGUAAAAACUUCUCAAACUAUCCAAAGGGUGUUGAGUUUCGUAAAAUUUUUGAUAUGUUAGGAAAUGGGAUGUUCAAUGUUGAUUAUGAGCUAUGGGAGAUGCAUAGGAAGACCACCAUGUCCUUAAUGAAUCAUGCCAAGUUCCAAACUUUGUUGGAGAGGAACAUGUGGAGCAUUAUCGAAAACGGGCUCCAACCAGUUCUUGAUGGUUUUGCUGAACAGGGCACCCUGUUUGAUUUACAAGAUAUUUUCCAGAGAUUCACUUUUGAUGCUAUAAGCAAACUGUUACUUGAUCAUGAUCCAAAAAGUUUGUCUAUUGGCUUACCUCAUGUUCCAUGUGAAAACGCGUUCAACGACUCUCUGGAUGCACUUAUGUACAGACAUUUCUUGCCAGAAAGUUGCUGGAAAUUGCAAAAAUGGCUUCGAAUUGGUAAAGAAAAGAAGCUUAUUCAAGCAUGGGAAGCUAUUGAUCAGUUCUUAUAUCCUUGUAUUUCGCGGAAACAAGAAGAGUUGAUGCAUGAAAGUACAGCCAAAGACGAUGAAUUCACAUUUUUAAACGCGUACAUCAAAAUGUACAAUCAAUGGAAAGAUGGUGAUUUGGGUACAUUGCAAACAUUUCUAAGGGACACUUUCUUGAAUUUGAUGCUUGCUGGUAGAGACACCACAAGUGCAGCUCUCACUUGGUUUUUUUGGCUCUUAGCUGAAAAUCCCUUAGUAGAGAAAAAGAUUAGAGAAGAGAUUCAACAACAAUUCAAUCUAAAAGAGGGCGAAAAUCUCAAGUUUUUCGAAAUAGAAGAAGCAAGAAAACUAGUCUAUCUACAUGGUGCUUUGUGUGAAACCCUGAGGUUCUUUCCAUCAGUUGCAAUUGAGCAUAAACUUCCACUUGAAUUUGACAUUCUUCCGAGCGGUCACCAUGUUAGUCCAAACACGAGAGUUGUGCUAUCGUUCUAUACGAUGGGGAGAAUGGAAAGUAUAUGGGGAAAAGAUUGCUUAGAAUUCAAGCCAGAGAGAUGGAUUUCUGAACGUGGAGGGAUCAAACAUGAGCCAUCUUACAAAUUCCCGGCCUUUAAUGCAGGUCCAAGGACUUGUAUAGGUAAGGAAAUGGCAUUCAUUCAGAUGAAAAUAGUGGCAGCUACCAUCAUAUACAAUUAUCAUAUCAAAUUAGAAGAUCAAAUAAUUCUUCCAAAUUCUUCUGUUAUCAUUCAAAUGAAACAUGGUCUGAAAGUUAGGUUGGUUAAAAGGGUUCCUCUUAUGUCCAAUUGAUAUCGAACGCGUGAACAAUGGCAUACAUAAGAUUUU